UUGUGUCUGAUUUGGAAGUAUGUCUGUCUGUUACUAUCUCCAUUCAUGGUUCAGAAACCAACCUGGCUUUACUUAGAAGUAGAUCCACAAACCCCUACAAAAAAAAAAAAAAAAAAAAAACCAUCACAGAAAUGUAAAAAAUUCUAGGGUUUUUAAUUUUCAGUUGCACAAAAAUGGGUUGUUUUUGUGGGAAGGGGUAUUCAAUUGAUGAUAAUAGAGAUAGUUUUAGAGAGAGAUUAUCAAGUAAAGAAACAUCAGAUUUAAGUGUUUCUCAACUGAAUUAUAGUUUGAGGAAAGAACAGAAUUUGAAGGGCAAAAAUAAUAAUAGUUAUGUGGGGAGUGACAAGUUGUUACAGAGGAAUGAGGGAAAGUCUGGUUAUAAUCAUCAUCUUGUGAUUGGCACCAUUCCUAUGAGAAGUAUUGAAGGUGAACAAGUAGCAGCUGGUUGGCCUUCAUGGCUUGCUUCCGUGGCUGGAGAAGCUAUUAAGGGAUGGGUACCCCGUCGUGCUGAUUCGUUCCAGAAAAUGGAUAAAAUUGGCCAAGGAACAUACAGUAGCGUUUACAGGGCUCGUGAUCUUGACACCGGGAAAAUUGUUGCUCUGAAAAAAGUACGGUUUGAUCACCUGGAUCCUGAAAGUGUUCGCUUUAUGGCAAGGGAAAUCUGUAUUAUUCGCAGGCUCGAUCAUCCGAAUGUCAUAAAACUAGAAGGCUUAGUAACGUCACGGAUGUCCUGCAGCUUGUACCUUGUGUUUGAGUACAUGGAGCAUGAUCUUUCUGGACUAGCUUCAUUUCCUGGGUCCAAGUUCACAGAACCACAGGUUAAAUGUUAUGUACAACAAUUAUUACGAGGAUUGGAUCAUUGUCAUAGUCGUGGUGUCUUACAUCGCGACAUAAAGGGUUCCAAUCUUCUUAUUGACGAUAAUGGGUUCUUGAAGAUCGCGGAUUUUGGUUUGGCAAGUAUUUUUAAACCACAUCAAAGUCGGCCAUUGACCAGCCGUGUUGUGACACUUUGGUACCGGCCUCCAGAGCUUUUACUCGGAGCCACUCAUUAUGGCAUUGGAGUGGACUUAUGGAGUACUGGGUGCAUACUGGCAGAACUGUAUGCUGGAAAACCCAUCAUGCCUGGAAGAACAGAGGUGGAGCAGUUGCAUAAGAUUUUUAAGCUCUGUGGUUCACCAUCCGAAGAUUAUUGGAGAAAGUCAAAAUUGCCUCAUGCAACCAUUUUCAAACCCCAACAACCUUAUACACGAUGCUUUGUAGAAACUUUUAAGGACUUCCCACCAGUGGCUUUAAGGCUUAUGGAGACGUUGCUUUCUGUAGAUCCUGUAGAUCGUGGAACUGCGGCCUCUGCUCUCAAAAGUGAGUUCUUUGCAACAAAACCACUUGCUUGUGAUCCUUCAACUUUACCCAAAUAUCCUCCUAGCAAAGAGUUUGAUGCAAAGGUGCGGGUUGAAGAAGCUAGAAGGCUGAAAGCAGCAGGGGAUAACGGAAGGAAAUGUGACUUAGAACGGAAACUACAAGGGGAAUGUAGGGCGAUCCCAGCACCUGAUGCCAAUCCCGAGCUGGUGUUCUCAAUUCAGAAAAGACAAGGUUAUUUGAGUACUAAAAGUCGAAGCGAGAAAUUUAAUCCUCAUCAGCAGGAGGUUGUUUCUGGUUUUCCUAGGGAACCACCUAGGCAAUCACAAGCAGCUGAAGGUAAACGACAAGAUCAACAAGGGAUUUAUAAAAAAGCUUCUCAUUCAGGACCUUUAGUACAUCAGACUGCAUGGGCAAAGAAAAACCAGGAUGAAGCUCCAAAGGUUUUGUCAGGGGCAAAAAUAUCUGCCCUGUCUGGCUUAGUAGCAGCCAAAAGGUCCGAUGAACACAUCCAGAAGUACGAUUCUUCCAAUUCGGAAGCUCUAAAUCUGACACGGCAGUUUCAGAGGUUUUUUGGUGACGUCCCAGAUGACACAAUAAAGGAGGAAGAAAAUCACGGCUUUGGCCUUCACGGUACUCAUCAGAAUGGAUCUGGAAUGAACACCAGGAAGGACCAUGAUUUGGGUUAUGGAUUAAAAGGAAAAAAGAUCCACUACUCUGGUCCACUACUGGUUCCUUCAGAAAAUUCAGACCAGAUAUUAAAGAUUCAUGAUCGCGAAAUUCAAGAAGUUGUUCGAAGAGCAAGACUUGAUAGAGCUAAGAUAAAGAAAUUUCAGGUUCAACCUGGGAAUACAACUGCUCAAAUAUUUGCCUCUUCUCGUGGAGCUGCUGUAUAAAGCCACCCUUAGGUAGAUCCCAUUGUGUAUCUUCUGAAGAAGGCCGAGUGAGUAAAGCUUUGAUAAAAUUAUGAAGACUGGUACGAUUAGCCUGUCUCUCUUGAAAGAACAUUAUGGUUUCUUCUUGCAAAUGUAUAUAUAGCUUCUGCUACAAAGGAAAAGCUUGAAAGAGGAUAAAAACAUGUAUAAAUGGUUCUAGCCUCUGUUAAUAUAGCUCACUCUAGUGGUAGACUUGUUCGUAGACAUCACAUCUGUACUUGUAAUAAAUUGCUGAUAAUUUCAAUUAUAUGGGAAGAUAUUCCAUUUUGUCAAUGCAAACAACAUCAUGCAUGCAAAA